GCCCAGUGCCUACGUUACAAAUACCGGUAGUAGGCACCUGGCAGACCCUCUCUGCCACUCACAGUAUAGGUAGGCAGGUAGGUAGGUACGGUAGGUAUUUUGCUCAACCGGUUCAGAGACCAGAAUCUCCAACUCGACUUUGUUUCCCCCAAAACUUGAAAGAAGGUUCAGAAAGGACGAAGCUAGGUAGGUAGAAUCGAGCAACUGGCACGGUUGCUAACGCCCCUGGAAAAAUCAGUGGUUCACGGGGCAAGGUGGCCAGGCGGCUGCGUUGUUAUCCUGCUCUUCAGCUGCUCAAGCAGAAAACAGUCUCCAGUACUUUACGAAUUCAAAUGAUGAUGGCCUAUCUUUCUCUGGCGUUUCUUGCGUCUGUUUGGUGCUCAUCGGUGAUGGCAGCAGACCUCCUCUUCAAUGGGGACUUUGAGUUACCCAACUACCCCCAGCUCAACAAUGUUGGGGUGGGGAACCCUUCCAUCUUGGGAUGGACCGUCACGGAGGGGACUGUAGACUUGAGCGGUGGAGUCAACACCCUCUACGGGUGGGCCACCUAUACUGGGAACCACAGCCUGGACCUGAAUGGGGUGAACGCGGGGACAAUACAGCAAUCGGUGACCACCGUUCCGGGAGCCUCGUAUACCCUCAGUUUCGCACUGGCUGGCAACCCCUUCCAAUCCCCCUCAAACGGGCCUCCAAUCAAAGUACUCAACAUGUCAAUCCUGGACACUUCCGUGCCGGGAGUCGUCACUGUGAUUCAAUCCCAGCAGUUUAAGUUUGACGUCAGUGACAGCACAGUUCUCUCCAUGAAUUACAAGCUCAAGAGCCAGCCGGUUGUGGCCUUCGGCAAAAACACCACGAUCCGAUUUGCAUCGGACAGUCAAGUGGGGAAUGGCGGACCAUGCUUGGACUCAGUAACGUUUUGUCAAGGAACGGACCCACCAAACCCGAACUCCUUCAAUACCUGCCCAGGCCCGCCGGCUCCCCCGCCCCCAGCAGCACUGAGUUCCGCGUCCUCCUCUUCCUCCAACUCACCCUCACGCACCGAAAUCGCCGCCAUAGUCGGCGGCGUUGGGGGGGGCAUCCUCGUCGCCGUUUGCGUGCUGUCCCUCCUGCUGUUCUGCUUUUGGCAGAGGCGCCUAAAAGCUAUCCCCAAGAGCUUUGACGAGGAGAACCCCACUCCCGCGUUCUCCGGGGCUCAAUCCUACAAGUCCUGGGGGCCCGGACCUCUGUCACCCUCGGGGGGGCCCUACUCGCUCGCCACACUGCGUGCCGCGACGGCCGACUUCAGCGAGGAGAGCGUCAUCGGGCGUGGCUCCUUCGGAGUGGUCCACGUGGCACUCCUGCCGGACGGCACCACGGUCGCCGUGAAGCGCCUGGAGAAGCUCCCCGGGCGGCACGACUUUGAGGACCGCGCGUGGCGCGCGGAGGUGGAGGCGCUCGGGAACGUGCGGCACCGGAACCUGGUACCGCUCCUGGGGGUUUGUACCGAGGAGGGGCAGAGUUUGCUCGUUUUUGAAUAUUUUACUCUCGGGAGUUUGGGAGAAAACCUGCACAAGGUGAAGCCCGACGCGCCGCCGCUCAGUUGGGCGGAGCGCCUGAGCAUCGCGCGCGACGUGGCGCGCGGGCUCGCGUACCUGCACAAUGACAUCCGCCCGCCGAUGCUGCACCGCGACAUCAAGAGCGCCAACAUCCUGCUGAUCGACCGCGAGGGGGGCCUCCAGGCGUGCAUUGCGGACUUCGGCCUCGCGCACCUCGUCCUCGACGCGGGCGCCAACACCUCGACCAUGGUCAAGGGUACCGUCCCGUACAUGGCCCCGGAGUACCUGCACGGGGGGCCCCAGUACCUGACGCCCAAGUGCGACGUGUACAGUUUCGGCAUUCUGUUGCUCGAGCUCGUCAGCGGACGCAUGGUCGUCCAACACCACCCGGACGGGUCCGUCGAGGUCCUGUCCGAAGUCGCCGCGGAGCUGUACAAACAGGAUAGAGAGUUAGAGCUCCUCGACCCGGCACUUAGGGGCGAGUUCGAUGCACAGGAGGCGAUGUUGUGUAUCCGCGUAGCGCUCGCGUGCACGCAGAGGCGGCCGUCGGCACGGCCCGACAUGGCGCAAGUGGGGCUCCAGCUGGCGAAAAACGAGUGGGACGGGAGCAUCUCGCUGUCCGACGGGUCGACUGGGUCCGGUUCCUUCGUCACAACGGGCGGAAGGGCGGGCAGCGGACUGGGGUCCGGGUCGCUGCCGGGAGAUAUGAGCAAGGACCCGAUCCCCUGGCUGGUUGCGUCGCAGUCUCUUACGGCCAGCAUGUAGAAGCUCACGCGUGUGUUGUUUCGGUCCCGCUUGAGUGCGGUUUUUCGCGGCAAUGAUGAAGGGUCGGGUGCACGAUUACAGACUCGACAGCAUGCAAGAUUCGACAGCAUGCAGGUGUCUCGACAACAAAAUAGAUGCCGUGUUGAAACACCGAUAUCAGGUGGUAUAGGUCGCAUUGCCCGCUAAGGACAGGUAGCUUGUCAUCAGACGAGCUCUAGAGAUCUAAAUUAGGACUUUCUGUCGAAUCGGCCGCUCCGAGCUUUGACAGUAGCUUGUUUGUCGAUUGCAUUCGCCACAAAGCGCUCGAAGCUAGCACGUCAAAUCCGGGUCAGUUCCUGAAGGGCUUUGGCCUAUUAGAAACAUACUUGUAGGGGUAGAUUUUGUGUGUCGCUUGGAGACUUGCACCGUCCACAAGACAAUCCAGUUGCUUGCGCAUUUACAUGCACGUGAGGAGAGUAGCACAAUUAGCCCGAACUGAGGAGGACGUACUCUAGGAGGCCUCGAGCUGGAUUUGCAGGCGCGCACUAGGCAAAACUUAAGAUGCUUUGCGGCAAAUCAUUGCAUAUCCAUAAGGAUCUGUUACUGAUGGCAGACAAGUUCAAGCUAGUCGCGCCCGGUGGCCGUUCAAGUCGAGAUUGCGGGACACCGAAUUGGGAUAUCCGAAAAUGACACGGACAUUUAGUAAUGAUGGCCGCCGUGUCACCUGC